GCGCGCAAACGCCAUCGUUACCAUGUGCACCACUGCACCAAACAUUCAACGUUAAUAACAAAAAGUUGUUAAAAUCAGACGAUAGUUUACUGGCCCGUUGUUUCAAUAUGAUACUUUCUCGCACCAAGUCGGAAUCGGCCAAGGGAUGCCGCAAUUCGGCCGCUUCGAGUAGCGCCAAAACCGCCGUGAUUCCCACGUUCGAGGAGUUCCUCCUUCGUAGAGACUAUGUGGGGGCGAAAACUGUUCUGCAGUGCUCGAAGGACUACGACGAGGUAGCAGAUUUGCUCAAGGAAUUAUGGGUGGCGUUCUGUAACUUCCACAUUGGCGACUACAAGGAAGCGCUGCAACAGUAUGAGAAGAUCUACGCCGACGAUGCGACGCAAAAGGAGGUGGCGCUGAAUGUGUGCGUUUGCAUGUUCUACUUGGGGAUGUAUGAGGAAGCGCAAAAGCUGGUGGAAGAGCUGCCGGAAAAUCCUCUGAAGAUACGGUUGUUGUUUCAUCUGGCACAUAAACUGAGUGAGGAAGAUCGCUUGAUGGAACUGCAUGGGUCUUUGCGAGAUGUCGUCGAGGAUCAGUUGAGUUUGGCUGGAAUGCACUAUCUGCGAUCGCACUAUCAGGAAGCGAUCGAUAUCUACAAGCGAGUUUUGUUGGAUAAUAAGGAUCUGCUAGCGUUGAACGUUUACAUUGCUAUUUGCUACUACAAGUUGGAUUACUACGACAUAUCUCAGGAAGUUCUGGAUUUAUACUUGAAUCAACAUCCGGAUAGUACGAUAGCAAUCAACUUGAAGGCAUGCAACCGAUUCCGUCUGUUCAACGGACGAGCAGCGGAGCAAGAAAUUAAGAACAUUGUCGACAAUGGAACGUUCGGUGCCGAUCUGAUCAAGCAUAACUUGGUGGUAUUCCGAAACGGGGAAGGGGCUCUCCAGGUUUUACCACAGUUGAUCGACAUCGUUCCAGAAGCUCGUCUCAAUCUAGCAAUCCAUCAUCUUCGUCGUGGCGAGAUCCAAGAGGCGCAUCAUCUCAUGAAAGAAGUUCAACCAACAGUUCCCCAAGAAUACAUCUUGAAAGGAGUUGUACAUGCAGCUCUAGGACAGGAGACUGGAUCCAAAGAGCACUUGAAAAAUGCCCAGCAGUGCCUCCAUCUAGUAGGAGGAUCAGCGUCCGAAUGUGACACUAUCCCCGGUCGUCAGAGCAUGGCCUCUGCCUUCUUCCUCUACGGCCAGUUCGAGGAAGUUCUCGUAUAUCUCAACUCGAUUCGCAGCUACUUCGUCAACGACGACGUAUUCAACUACAACUACGCUCAAGCGAAAGCCGCGACCGGUUAUUACAAGGAAGCCGAAGAGCUGCUUCUUCAAAUCCACGAUAUAACCAUCAAAACUGAUCACACCUACGCAAUGGUGCUGGCCAAGUGUCACGUCCACUCCGGACACGCCGACCAAGCGUGGAACAUAUUCCUCACCAAAGAUUCAACCCCGGAGGCGUUUGCCCUGCUCCAGCUCAUCGCCAACGACAGCUACCGGGUGGGCGAAUUUUGGGUGGCAGCCAAAGCGUUCGACACCCUGGAAAAAUUGGAUCCCAAUCCGGAAUACUGGGAAGGCAAAAGGGGUGCCUGUGCCGGAGCAAUUCAAGCGAUUCUGGCUAAACGUUCGAGCGGUGCACCCCCGGGGGGCGUUGCCGAGGUGAUUGCUUUGCUGCGGGACUCGACCAACACGCAGGCCGAGAGCAUGCUUCGCACUAUUAGACGCUUUGCCAGUAGCAUCAAGUAGGAAAACAACAUUUUUCGGGAAGGGGAUUAAUGAGUAAAAGUUUGAAUAUUGAUAAAGUUUGUCUUUCUCUCGAUAUGUCUGUGUAUUCAAUAAAUGCUGCCAGCAAGUGUACUGUUUGCUGUUCAACUUUUGCGGUGUUUGACUUGUGUGUGAAGCCAAUUUAUUGAUCCCUGGUGGGAAGCUUUCACGCAGAUUGUUCGACUGCAGCAAUCGUCGUGGGUCGAAGUUCCAAUUAACCUGAAUCGAAUCUCCCUCCGAUGCUGAGUUCGCGAUGCACAAAUGCAGCGUAAUAUAAUUAAAUGUAAAUUUAUGGUUUUCGAACAGAUUCUCUUCCAACCAGUUUGCUGACCGCCAAUUGAGACUGGAUGAAAAUGGAAUCAAUGGAAAGU